GGGGUGAGGGGCUCCUCGCCGGCCGUGCCACCGCCUUCGGGGUGUCACCUGUGCCACCUUCCCGUGGGCGUCCCCAGCCUGCAGAGGGGGAGGGGAGGCUGCCAGCAGAGCUUGCGCUCGGGCCGAGGUCCUGCCCCUGGGUACACCCUUACAGCUGGGCUUUACUCCUCAGAGAGCAGCGGUGAAGAGGGCAGCACGGUGGUGCGCAAGGAGCGGCGGGGUCCUACCUGCUGUCUUCUUGCCCCUCAGACCAGGAGAUGCACAAAGGAGAGGCCCGCGUACGCGCUGAGCAGCAGUGACGAUGAGGAUCCAUCAAAGGAGAUCGGAGUCACUUACAAAUCGACAAGGUCGGCGAAACCAGUUGGCCCAGAAGACAUGGGAGCCACAGCAGUGUAUGAACUGGACACGGAGAAGGAGAAAGAUGCCCAGGCCAUCUUUGAGCGCAGCCAGAAAAUCCAGGAGGAGCUGAGAGGAAAGGAAGAUGAUAAAAUUUACCGUGGUAUUAACAAUUACCAGAAGUAUGUGAAGCCCAAGGACACAUCAAUGGGAAAUGCCUCUUCAGGAAUGGUCAGAAAAGGACCCAUCCGUGCUCCGGAACACUUGCGGGCCACGGUGCGGUGGGACUACCAGCCCGACAUCUGCAAGGACUACAAAGAAACUGGGUUCUGUGGCUUUGGAGACAGCUGCAAAUUCCUCCACGACCGCUCGGACUACAAACACGGCUGGCAGAUCGAACGGGAACUGGAUGAAGGCCGGUACGGAGUCAAUGAUGAGGAAAACUACGAGGUGAGCAGUGAUGAGGAGGAUAUGCCUUUCAAAUGCUUCAUCUGCAGAAGUUCCUUCAAGAACCCCGUGGUCACCAAGUGUAGGCACUACUUCUGUGAGAGUUGUGCCCUCCAACACUAUCGCAAAUCCCAGCGCUGCUACGUCUGUGACAAGCAAACCAACGGAGUCUUCAACCCAGCAAAAGAGCUCAUGGCAAAAUUGGAAAAACACAAAGGAGAGGAAGAGGAGGAGGAAGAGCAGCAACAUUCAGACCAUAGAGAGGAUCCGCAAUAGCAGAGCACCCUGUUUUGUAUCUAGCUGAAUAAAGCUUUCAUGGGGGGAAAAAAAAAACCCAAACCGCUCACAGCAGUUGCCUUGGGGCCAGCAGCUGUAGCCAGUGUGUGUAUAUCCAACCAGCAGCUGCUAAAA